GCCGCUCGGACCCGCCGGGCCGGAGAGACUCCGUCCCCGCUCCGACAGCCCGCCCGCCGAAGAGGCUGCCCGCUGCUGCUGACUCGGGGGUCUGGGGAAAGGCUCCCGCGGACCCGUCGCCCUCCCUAGCAUGGGAUGGGCGAACCCUGCGAGCGCGGUGCCUGCUCGCCAGCCGCCGGCAUGAAGGAAGGAACGGACUGGGAGUCCUGGGACGCGCCGCUGGGUUUCCUGGAGGGCGCCCAGAUGGGCAACAGGAGCAACGUGUCCUUCCUGCAGCUCUUCAAGAACAUCAACCUGGAGCGAGCCGAUGGGAUGCAGGGGGACAGCUCCGACGUGGUGCGGAUUGUCAUCUCCCUCGUGUACUCGGUGGUGUGCGCCCUGGGGCUCGUGGGCAACCUGCUUGUGCUCUACCUGAUGAAAAGCAAACAAGGCUGGAGAAAGUCCUCCAUCAACCUCUUUGUGACCAGCCUGGCAGUGACUGACUUCCAGUUUGUGCUGACCUUGCCAUUCUGGGCAGUGGAGAACGCACUGGACUUCAACUGGCUAUUCGGCAAGGCAAUGUGUAAGAUUGUCUCAUAUGUGACAGCCAUGAAUAUGUAUGCCAGUGUCUUCUUUCUCACUGCUAUGAGCGUGGCUCGAUACCGCUCUGUGGCUUCCGCCUUGAAGAAUCAGCGGCGACGUGACCCACUGCGUGGCUGCUGCUCCGCCAAGUGGCUUUGUGCACUCAUCUGGCUGUCAGCUAUCCUGGCUUCCCUGCCUCACGCCAUUUUUUCCACCACCGCCACCGUCUUUGAUGAUGUGCUCUGCCUCGUCAAGUUCCCCGAGGGCCGAGGCAGCAAUGCCCAGUUCUGGCUGGGUCUGUACCACAUCCAGAAGGUGCUGCUGGGCUUCGUGGUGCCGCUGGCCGUCAUCAGCCUCUGCUACUUGCUCCUGGUACGUUUCAUCAGUGACAGGCACGUUGGCAGCACCUGCAGCGGUCCCAGCACCAAGCGCCGCUCCAAAGUGACUAAGUCAGUGUCCAUUGUGGUGCUGUCAUUCUUCUUGUGCUGGCUGCCUAACCAAGCGCUCACAACGUGGGGCAUCCUCAUCAAACUCAACGUGGUGCACUUCAGUACUGAGUACUUCCUCUCCCAAUUGUACCUCUUCCCCAUCAGCGUGUGCCUGGCACACUCCAACAGCUGCCUCAAUCCCAUCCUCUACUGCCUCAUGCGCAGGGAGUUUCGCAAGGCACUGAAGAGCCUCCUCUGGCGGAUCACCUCACCUUCCCUCACCACCAUGCGCCCUUUCACCGACACCACCAAGCCCGAGCAGGAGGAGCAGGCCCUGAACGCCCUGGUGCCUGUCCACCCCGUCACUGCUUCUUCCCCUGCUGCAGCCAUCCAGCCGGAGGUCGCCUACUACCCCCCUGGGGUGGUGAUGUACAGCAGCCGCUAUGACCUGCUGCCUGCUAGCUCCAUGGAGCAGCGCUGCUGAGAUGGGAAGGGGGCUCUGGGGGGGUGGGACUGUGGGGUUUGUGCAAGAUGUGGCCCUGGGAUAUGGAAUGCCUGGUAGGG